AUGGAAGGUGUAGGUUCAUAAUUUUAUAUGCAAUUGUAGCUGUAGUAAAGAAGUAUUUUACAUAUAAGUUUUUGAGGGUUACUGUAGCUUAUGAAUUGUAAUAAAUCCCCUCAAAAUUACAAAUUUUGCAAACGUCCUAGAAACAGAUGACAUACCACUCCUUGUAAAAUUUUAUCUUAUAAUUAGCACAUACAACCUAUGAAUUAAACGACCUUUUAGCGAGAGAGCACGUAAAAUGAAGAGAGCUGGCCUGAGAAAAGACUUGUUUUUCGACGGCAGCUGUUCGAGUUCUCAUCGGAAAAAGCUUAAUUUUUGUGGGGAACACUCUGUUCCACAGCUAACACUUCCGGAAAAUUGCAAAAGAAGAGAAUACGGAAAGAUGUUGACAAAAAAGCCUCGUUUUGAAAAGCCUGACCGACUCUCUUCAUUUUGCGUACUCUCUCGCAACAAAAAGGUGUUGAAUAUCUCCGUUGCCCCUGCAAAUUGCGAACUAAAAUUAUGAAAAAUUAAUCAGUGAUCUUUGAAGAGUAUGUAUGCAAAAUUUGAAGCAAAUCAAAGAGUUGCACACAUGAAAUUCUUGAAGAUGACAAAAAUAUCACAUUUCUUUUUAUUUUCAGGCCGACAAAGAGAAAUUAGGGACAUUUCAAAGCACGGAGAAGGUGGAUUUGGAAGUGAAAAACACCACAAAGGAAAAAUCGGCCGAUCCAAAAAGCCAGAAGUACCCUGCGGAUCCAAAGAUUGACUUUGUUUUGGUAUACGAAGUCAAAGAAGCUCGUCAAGAUGCCGAAAGCGAGAAAGAAAGGAAAAGCACUCGAGAGAAAUUCGAGGAAAAUUUGGUCAAAAUUGGGCUUGAAGUCAGAAAUGGCCCGCAACUUCAGAAACGUAAGGAUUUUUAUAUUGUACUUGGUAUUUGAUGAGGAAAAGUGGGAAUUUUCAAGGUGAAAAUGGUGGAUAAUAAAAUUUCUGGGUCAAAAAUUGUGGAUGAUGGCACAUCCGAAACGUUGAAAGAUAAAAAUUGUAAAAAUUCAACAUUUUUUAUAUUACACUAGACAUCACCUCACUCAAAAAGCGAUUUCGCGGAAAAAUUGAGGUCAUUUUUGACGUUUUCAGGUUUAGAAAGAAAAUUAUUGAUAUUAGGAACAGUUUGAAUGAUAAAAUACGGAACCUCGUAUACCCGGGUUACUGUAACUACAUCUUUUCUUUAGACAACAUUGACUACCGAACUCGCCUCAUAACCUGCCCAUUUCAUAUUCUCUGUCGACAAGCCGAAUUGCAUCAGAUACGAAAACCAAUUCUUCACAACGAUUUUUUUGUAAGUUUUGCUUACUGUAACACCUCGUGGUACGGUAUGCAAUGUAAUGGCACAAGAAAAUUUUUCAGGAAAAGUACCACCCAAUGAAGAAGAAAAUCUGGUGUAAGCUGAUGAAAAAGUUGCCGGAUGAGGUGUUGCAUCGCAUUAACAUGAUGAAAUAUUUUUAUGAGGACUUCAAAGAGAAUAAACUUGAAAGGUAAAGGGAGAUGUCAUGGAUAAUAUAAAAAAUCUGUCGGAAAGCUGAGAAAUCUUAAUAUUUACAAUUUCUAGGAGAUCUACGAGACCCUCUAAAUAAAUUUAGCAGCUUUUUUUAUUAUCUGCCGGCUUAUUCGAUAAAUCAAUAAUUUUUGUGACACUUCGUCAAAUUUUGUCACGAAGUGUCAAAAUAUUGAUUAACCUAAAAAUUGAUCGGAAAUUGCAAAACAAACGUAAUUUUCUCCAAUUUCCAGCUAUUUCGGCGCAGAUGAUCGUGAAAGCUUCUUCACAACAGCAGAAAAAAGCCGGAUCAUCUAUGAUAUUCUCCUUCGAACCCGGUUCAACGACAAAGAACAGAAGAAAAUCGAAUUCGGAAUUGAAAGAUUGAUCCAAGAAGAGGUUUACCAUGCUUGUUUCCCACUCCAUGAGGUAUGUCCACAUUUGUUUUUGAGGUUAUUUAAAUUUUAGAGCCUUCGCCAAGAAAUUGGCGACGAGAAGCUGGAAGAAAUGAAUGAUCGCGAAGUUUUACGCAAGUAUUGGACCAACUUUUCAAAUUGGAACCUUACCCAACCUUUGGAUCUUGUCCAGUAGGUCUUGUUCUUGUGGUUGAGACCGAAUUUGGACGGUUUGAUUUGGUAUUGACCAAGAAUUUUAGGAAAUACUUUGGCUCGAAGGUCUCUUUCUAUUUUGCCUGGCUCGGGUUUUACACACAAUCCCUGGUGUACAUGGCGGUUAUUGGAACUCUUUUUACCUUCGUUGGACUCUUUGUCGCCAUCUUCGAUGUCCCAAGGUGAGUGCAACCAUUUUGGGUUAUUUUUUACGUUUAGUUCUCAAAUUUGCGAUCCCAAUUUUGGAGGCAAGAUCUAUUUGUGUUCGCUGCAUCAACACGUUGCUGGCAGUCGAAUUCGCAAGUUUAGCGACAAUUGCUGGUAUGCAAAAGCAAGUCUUUCCCUUGUCUUUACCUAUUUAUUGCUCUCCGAGUUUAGCUUUCCUAUGUUUUCGACAAUCCGACCACGAUCUUAUUGGCCAUUGUCACCUCAAUCUGGGCCACUGGAUUUCUCGAGAAAUGGAAGCGAUUUUAUUGGAGGUUGAAGUACCGCUGGCAAUUAUUGGGACACGAUGAAAUCGAUGACCUGGUCCGGCCUCAAUAUCAGUUCAAAUACCUGAAGAAUGCGCCGGAUAUCAAUAAUCCCGAUGACUCGCAAGAUUAUCUGAUCAGCGAUCUGAGGCUGGAAAAGGUGUUGAAAAUGUCGUGCAGUUAUGCAACUGCGGCUUUUUUUGUGAGUUCAGUUUUGUUUUUAUUGGAGUUUAGGUGGGUUUGGCUCAAUUUUGAGAGACGUUGGAUAUUGCACUAGGUAACUGGAAGAAAUUUUGGUAUUUUUCAUAAAGUCUAAGGCUUUUAUGAGUGUUGAAUAGUUGUAAAGGGAAGAGGGUAGUUUGAUUUUUUUAGUUUAUUAUAAGUUUAUAGAGAUUCUGAUAUUGCACUAGGCUACAAGCAGAAUCAAAAAAGUUUUUGGAAACUGCAAUAAUUUCUUUUUGAAAACGGUUACGUUAAUGUAGGCGCCUAUUACGAUGAUUUUCUGGCUAAACAUCUAUGUUAUUGUAGGUACUUUUGGUGAUUGCCGCAUUAAUUGGAAUCUUAGUUUACCAAGUGAUCGUUGGCCAUCUCCUCGCCCAUUUCGAUUACAUUCUCAGCACAAUGGUCAUCUCGUUUACUGGUGCUCUCCUUAAUUUCAUUUUCAUCAUGUGUAUGAGUCGACUUUAUCGAUUUACGGCAUACAAACUGACUGAAUGGGAAUGCCCGAUGACCCAGAUCGAGUUCGACAACCAAUUUGCCGUCAAAAUAUUCUGCUUUGAGUUUGUCAACUUGUACGCCAGCAUUUUUUACAUUGCCUUUUUCCGCGGCAAGUUCAAUGGAGCGCCGCCAACUGAUCCGGAGGACUAUGAUCUGGGCCCGGAUUAUUGGAAUGGCCUCAGGGUGUUCGGAGUGAGAACCGCGGAAUGCAGUCAAGCUGGCUGCAUGGUGGAACUGAUCAUCCAAUUGUUUGUGACAAUGUGCGGAAAACAGUUUUUCAGCCUGGUUAUGGAGAUUUUAAUACCGUGAGUUGUAGUGUAAUAUAAAGAAUUCUCAAAAAACGCAUUCGUCACAUUCGAAAUAGCCUGCAGGUGGCCCCAAUUUCUUAUUAAGACUUAAUUUGUUUUAGAACCUGCUUUCGUCUGUAUAGAACCCGAAGUUUUCAAGAGAAGGAUGACACAUUAUUGCCGAAAGAUGAAAAUUCAAUUGUGGUGGAGAACUUUUUGUUGAACCCGUACGAUGAACAGCAUCUGUUCAACGAAUAUUUGGAAAUGGGUAAGCUUUUGAUUCGGUUUUUUUUGGUUUUUAGGAUUCCCCGACGAUGUUGUAGUAUGCAAUAAGGUAACGUAAGAACCUGGAGUAGAACUUGUGGUCGAAUGUUGAACAAGUUAGCGACAUUCCAAGGGCCUCUCAUUGUAAUCCUGUAAUUUUCAGCGGUUCAAUUUGGAUUCUGUGCCAUGUUCACGGCGACCUUUCCAUUGACCCCGGUGUUUGCUUUGAUCAAUAAUAUCUGCGAAAUACGCGCCGACUCCUACAAACUCCUCGAAGUUUUUCAACGACCAGUGGCUUUAGUCUCGAAUGGCAUUGGAAUCUGGAGGACAAUUCUUGAUUUUAUUAGCCGAUUUUCGGUCUUGAUUAACGUAAGUGCUUUAUCGAUUUUUUGUUGGUUUUUAGAUAAAUUCAUGAAGAAAAGAUGGUUAAAGGUCCAUAUUUUAGGGCCUGGUGAUUGCAUUUUCCUCAGAUCUCAUCCCAAGAAUGUAUCAUUUGCUGGAGAACAAUUUUUCGCUUGAAACUUACUGGAAUGUGACUUUAGAUGCGCUGGAUACGAAUCUAACCGAAUUUAGGGGGAGAACCCCGGAUAAUGUCACGGAAUGCUACUUCAGAAACGAUUGGAAGAAAAUUGACCACCGAUGGUACGUCCUGAUGGUCUUGAGGCUGGCCUUUGUACUUGUUUUUGAGGUGAGGAGGUGGUUUUAUUGUAGAUGAGAUAUAAAAAUUUUUCCGUUAGCGGAUGAGUUUUUUUGUAGGCAAAAAAGAGACUAAACUGAUCUAAAAAAAUAUAAUUUUUAGCACUUUGUCCUCGCUGUUAAGAGAAUAUUGGCCUGGUUGAUCCCCGAAUUCCCGAAGAAGGUCUCAGCUCUCGUGAAAUAUCAGAAUUAUCGAAUGAAAAAGGACUUUAUGGCCAAACAUGGCGAUGUGAAUGUUAUGCAUCUGGCGUAUCAACCCGGGAGAGAGAACCCAAAGACUGUAGAAUAUCAAUAG